AUGUCAACUCGACCUCGUCGCAGCUGCGCCAGAGUUGAUGACUCCAUUUUAUCGCCGUCUACAAUAUUUUUGUGGUCAGAUGCUCGGUUAAGACAGGAGCUUACGAGAAGGGGACUCAGCCGUGUUGGAAUAAGGGAAGAUCUCAUUGAUAGAUUGCUUGACUCCAUUAAUGGCAUUGUGUCUGAUAAGGCUAGUGAACCCAGUGAAAAUGCUUCUAUCGCAUCUAACGAGCCGUCACAACAGCCAAGCAUCGAUGGCGGAGAAACUGUUGCAACUCCUGCGAGAUUAGGAGGAUUGUUGGAUUCUGUCCAGUUUGUAUUUGAUGCUCUUCGGCGUCUUUUACCAGUGGAACUGGUUCCGUAUAGCCAGUCUGAGCCAAAACUGAGCGAUAUCCCAAUUUUGGAAAAUCCAUCAGUGAUAUUCGUUAAAUGA